AAUUCAUCAACAUUUCAAUUGUUGCCACAAGAUGUCGCCAAACAUAUUGAUGUUGAUAAUUCUUAUUCAACAUCCAGCAGCAGCAGCAGCAGUACUACGGCUAAAGAUAUUAGAAAAUUAUUAGAAGAUUAUGUUCAAUAUUUGGCAAGUUUACCGGAUAUUCGUAAAGAAAUACGUGAAAAAAAUCACAGUCAAAAAUCACAACAUGAUAUUAUUUCAACAGCUGAAACAAAUGAUGAUGAGAAAGCUAUUCAUCAUCCACGAUUGACAGCAUAUCGUACAUUAGUACCGAUAAUCAACCAUCCUAGUUCUCAAGGAGAAUAUGUUUAUCAUCAUCAUCAUCAUCAUCAUGUUGAGGAUGAUAAUAAUGAUGAACGACGACGAUUACGAAAUAAUUUUGAUGAAACAAAUGUUUCCACAACAAAACAAAAAUCAAAACAAUCAUCAUCAUCAUCAUCAACAAUACAGCCACGACGAAAAUCUGAUCAGAAUUCAAUAAUAGUUGCCGGUAAUGGAUAUGGUGAAUCUGGUGUAUCACUUAGUUUGAAUAAUGAAGAACUAAAUUCAUUUAUUCAUACUGUAUUGGGAACAAAAAAAGAUCGACCAACAACAACAACAACAACCACUACAGCAACGAUAACAACCACUACUGAAUUACCAUCAUCAAUGGUAGAUGGUGAUAGUGAUGAUGAACAACUGUCCAAUAUGACUAUCAAUAAUGAUGUAACUUAUAAUAAUGAUCUUGCCAUUGAAGAAUUGAUGGCCUAUGUUGAUCCAGACGAUGAUGAUGACAAUGACGGCGACGACGAUGACGACAACAACAAUAAUGAUGAUGAUGAUGAUGAUAAGAUUGAACAUCGACGAAAUAAUUCUACGAAAUAUUCAAAUGAAACAUCCACCAUAGAAACAAGUACUUUACAGCCAUUAAUGAUAACGACCACAAUCGAUCCAUUUUCAUCAUCCAAAAUGAUAACUACUACUGCAAAUAAAUCGUCGAAUAAUAAUGAUCAAGUUUCCGGUGAAAUAUCCGUCACUGAUUUACAUAAUAAUAUUGUUAAUGGUGAUCACGAAUCAUCAACGAUGACUACAAUAGCUAAUUUGAUAAUCGAAAAUCAAAUCAAUUCGACAAAAAUAGCUGCUGCUUCUGCUUCUGCUGAUGAUGAUGAUGAUCGUCAUUCAAAUCGACAACAAUCAAUAGAAAAACAACCACAAAUGUUGCUUGAAAUCAAUCAAAAUGAUUUAUUAGAACAGCUAAAACGUACACGAGAAUUGUUGAGUAUUCAAAUUGAAAAAUUGAAAACAUUAGAAAAAACAGUGUUCCGGCGAAGGAAAACUGUGCCGACGGAAUCGAUUAAUGAUACAACAACAGCAACAACAACAACAACAACAGCAGCUGUAUCACAAUCAAUGAUAACAACGGAAUCACCAUUUGAUAUGACAACUGAAUCAUCAUCAAAUUUUAAUCAUCAAAAUAAUAAUCAAAUUGAUCAAUCAUCACGUAUUAAUAAUAAUAAAAGCAAUAUUUUCGAUAAAAGUUUCUUAAAUAAUGAAACAUUUAAUGAAAUGUCAACAAUGACAAGUGCACCAGAAUAUUCAUCAUCAUCAUCAUCAUCAUCAUCAUCAUCAUCAUCACCAUACAUUGAAUUGAUUACAUUGAAUAUCAAUAAGAACAUUACGGCUACUUCUGCUGCUGCUGCUGCUGCUACUGCUACUACUACUAUUCAACCAUUUGAUGAAAAUGAUGAUGGAUCCUAUUAUGAAACAACAACAACAACAACAAUGGCAACGACAGCUAUUCCAACCUUUAAGCAUAAUGAAAAAAGUUUUCAUAUGAAUUUGAUAAAAGAAAAUAGCAAUAAGAAUGAUGAUGAUGAUGAUGAUGAUGAGAUAAUUUAUUCGAGAAAUUUUCCAUCCAAAUCAAUUCAACUAAAUUAUAAUGGCAAGUCAUCAAAUAAUAAAGAUGUUGAUGAUAAUGGCAAUGGCAAUAGUGAUGAUGAUGAU